GUCUCGCCGCGAGAUAUAGUUUCAUAAAUCCGCCUCGCCUCGAGUCUACAACUUGAUUGGAUUGUGCGUGUUUAUGUUAGUUGUUUUCAUUGUUUGAACUGUCAAAUCAAGAACGGCACCGCUGUACAGCUCGCGCGCAUCACCGCUGCUCCGUGGAGACAUGAGCCGCGCGCACCGAGCUCAUUCACUGUGAAUUAAACCGAACUACAGAAGAGCAAGUCUACAGCGAGUGUUGGAGUCUACUGGAAUCCACACACCGUCUUCAGGUUUAUUGAUCGUCAUCUCUGCGACUGGUAGACACAGUUACCGCUACGCUGCCACCAUGCUUCAUUUGCGCCUUCCGUCGACCCCUUUCUACUUCACUCCUUGCCUUUCCUCUCUCCUCCUCCUGAUCUUCCUCUUGGGCCUCGCCCAUCUGUCUCAGGCCGGUGGCGAUGUGUCCCACAGCAGCCCGGGGAACUGUUCAGGAGAGGACAGCUGCUCUGAUGGUGUCGUCCUGCCGGUAUGGAACCCCCAGAACCCCUCUGUGGGCGACAAGGUGGCACGUGCCAUCGUCUACUUUGUGGCCCUCGUCUACAUGUUCUUGGGCAUGUCCAUCAUCGCCGACCGGUUCAUGUCAUCCAUCGAGGUGAUUACGUCUCAAGAGAAGGAGAUAACGAUCAAGAAACCCAACGGUGAGACCACCACUGCUACCGUACGCAUCUGGAAUGAGACCGUGUCCAACUUGACCCUCAUGGCUUUGGGAUCGUCGGCCCCUGAGAUCCUGUUAUCCGUGAUUGAGGUAUGCGGGCACAAGUUUGAGGCUGGUCACCUGGGCCCGAGCACAAUUGUGGGUAGUGCUGCAUUCAACAUGUUCAUCAUCAUCGCCAUCUGUGUUUACGUGGUCCCAGAUGGUGAGAUACGCAAAAUCAAGCACUUGAGGGUCUUCUUUGUGACGGCAGCCUGGAGCAUAUUCGCCUACAUUUGGCUCUACUUGAUCCUCUCUGUCUUCUCUCCCGGCGUGGUGGAAGUCUGGGAGGCCGUGCUUACUUUCCUCUUCUUUCCACUCUGUGUGGUUCAAGCCUGGAUCGCUGACCGUCGCUUGCUCUUUUACAAAUACGUCCACAAGCGCUACCGUGCUGACAAGAACCGUGGCAUCAUCAUUGAGACGGAGGGUGACGGCAUGUUCACCAAGAUGGAUAUGGAGAUGGACGGCCAAGGUGCCAAUUCCCACCACAAGGAGGCACUUGAUGGGAUGCUGGCCGGUGUGGAGGAAGGAGGUGGUGGAGGAGGUGGAGGGGAAGAAGAGGAGGCCAGGAGGGACAUGGCUCGUACUCUGAAGGAGCUCAAGCAAAGACACCCGGAGAAGGACAUGGAGCAGCUGAUCGAGAUGGCAAACUAUCAAGUGCUUGUGCAACAGCAGAAGAGUCGAGCUUUUUAUCGCAUCCAGGCCACCCGCAUGAUGAUCGGAGCAGGGAACAUCCUGAAGAAGCAUGCUGCAGACCAAGCCAGGAAGGUGGUUAGCUGCCAUGAGUCUAAUGCCCAGGAAGAAGACCCUCACACCAUCUACCUGGAGUUUGAGCCUUCCCAUUACCAAUGCUUUGAGAACUGUGGCUCCUUAAAACUCUCCGUGACCCGACAUGGUGGAGACAGUGGCUGCACUGUCAAGGUUGACUAUCGCACAGAGGAUGGCACUGCUAACGCAGGAUCAGACUAUGAAUUCGCCGAGGGCACUCUGGUCUUUAAACCAGGUGAGACGGUGAAGGAGCUGACAGUUGGCGUGAUUGACGAUGACAUAUUUGAGGAAGAUGAGCAUUUCUAUGUAAAUCUCAGCAACCCUCGUGUUGUCCACCGUGCCGAGGUCUCCGUCCUCGACCCUAAUGCGGUGUCUCCAGGCAACAGCAUUAUGGCGUCCAGCCACGUUGCUCCAAAAGCUGCCCUGGGUAACGCACACACUGCCACGGUGACCAUUUACGAUGACGACCACGCGGGGAUCUUCACGUUCGAGAGCAAUUCCACACGAGUGAGUGAAAGCGUGGGCAUCAUGCAGGUGAAGGUCCACAGAACAUCUGGAGCGAGGGGGAAGGUGGCAGUACCGUACCACACUACCGAAGGAACCUCCAAAGCUGGAGAAGACUAUGAAGAGGUGGCUGGCAAACUGGAGUUCCUCAAUGAUGAGACCAUGAAAAUCCUGGAGGUGAAGAUCAUUGACGAUGAGGAGUACGAGAAGAACAAAACCUUCACCAUCCACCUGGGGGAGCCGGUGCUGCUGGAGAUCGGGCAGAAACACGGAGACUCCAAUGAUAACAAACUGGCGGUGGGAGAAGAGGAAGAGGAGGUGGCCAAGAUGGGUUGCCCGAGUCUGGGAGAGCACACCAAACUGGAGGUGGUGAUAGAGGAAUCGUACGAGUUUAAGAAUACCGUCGACAAGCUCAUAAAGAAGACUAACCUGGCGCUGGUGGUGGGCAGCAGUAGCUGGAGAGAACAGUUUGUUAGCGCUGUCACUGUCAGUGCAGGUGAUGAUGAUGAGGAGGAGAGCGGGGAAGAGCGCUUGCCCUCGUGCUUUGAUUACAUCAUGCACUUCCUGACAGUUUUCUGGAAGGUUCUUUUUGCCUUCGUUCCACCCACAGAGUACUGGAACGGCUGGGCCUGCUUCAUCGUCUCCAUUACACUCAUCGGGGUCCUGACCGCUGUCACUGGAGAUUUGGCCUCUCACUUUGGUUGUACAGUAGGCCUGAAGGACACUGUCACAGCUGUGGUGUUUGUGGCCUUGGGCACAUCAGUGCCUGAUACCUUUGCCAGCAAGGUGGCAGCCAUCCAGGACCAAUACGCCGAUGCAUCCAUUGGAAAUGUGACAGGUAGUAAUGCAGUUAAUGUCUUCCUGGGUAUCGGAGUGGCGUGGACCAUCGCUUCUGUAUACUGGAACAGUCAGGGCAAAAAAUUCCUGGUCCCGCCGGGGUCGCUGGCGUUUUCUGUCACCGUCUUCACCAUCAUGGCACUGGUGUCUGUUCUGACACUACUGUACCGCCGCCGGCCCUCUGUGUCUGGGGGCGAGCUGGGGGGCCCACGAACCACCAAGCUGCUCACCGUGUUCCUCUUUGUCAUCCUGUGGCUCAUCUACAUCAUGCUGGCCUCACUGGAGGCUUACUGCCACGUGCCUGGCUUCUGAGAAAGUUCAUAAGAGAGAUGUACUCUUUACUGUAAAACCUCCCAUCAUUCUUCCUUUCUUCUUUUGUUUAUAUGAGAAGUCUAAAAUGAGUGUUUACAUCUGUUCUUACUGAUUAUUAUCGGUGUUGAAAUUGAACUCGCAUCCUUUCGCUAACACUAGAUGAGUGUCAGUAGCGGAUGAUAGAGGCUCUGUCAUGCACAGCUUCUCUUUAUAGAUGGAUCCCUCUUACAUGGUGUCUGCCACCACCUGGAUAUUCAGACACAGCAACACCCUCCAGAAUACUCUCCAGAGAGCCCCCUCAGCAUUUUUCUUGCUUCAGUGCUGUUUUUUUCAAGGAUGGUCCUUUAUACCAAACUUCGAUAUUCUCUCAGAAAUCCCACUUCUAUCAUUCUCUCUUCCCUCCAAGUCGCUGUGAAUAGACUCAUAUUCCCACUGCAGAGAUUUGGGCAUGCUUCACACCUCUACCUACCCACAAGACAUGAACACUCUGUUUCAUUUGUCUUCUCUUGCCUGUUACUGCAGCUCCCCGCAGAAAUUCGUACACACACAACUAUAAUUUCAGCUCAAGUGAACCUGUGGGGGCUGAGCUUCUCAAACUGACUCCGCCCCCAGUUUGACCUUUACCAGUAACCCUGGCCAAAUUCUACUCAAACAUCUUCAUCACCUCUGAACAUGCCCCCAGUGCUACCUACACCAGAACUUCUUCAACUCUGACCUUACCCUCAAUAAUGAUACAACUUCCUCACUAUUAACCUCGCUUCAAUGUCUUCACAGACUCUGCCCUAGCACUACUUAUACCACGUUUUUGACCAAUGACCUCGGCCCCAACAUUACAUAAAUACCUUUAUCACCUCUGACCCUGCCCCAUCACUAAUUACACCACACCUUCUUCACUUCUGACUCCACCCAUUACACUACAUAUACAUUACACCUUUUUAAUCUCUGGCCCACCCCAAUAUUACCAGACCUUAUUUACAUAUGACUCCAAUUCCCAACACAACAAACUUCUCUUCACUUCUGACCCCGCCCACGACAUUUCCUGUGCCACACCUCCUCCAUCACUGACCCCACCCCUACAUUAUCUAUAGCACACAUAUUCACCUCUGAUCCCACACCCUCACUACCUACACCACCACACCUUCAAUUCUGACUCUGCCCACAACUUUACAUAUAUGCCACAACUUCUUUAAAUGUGGCUCUGCCCCAAUAUUAUCUAUACCACACCUUUUUUAUAUAUGACCCCGCCCUCGACACAACAUACCACACCCUCUUCUCAUCUACUAUUUGCU